AUGCCUGUCGAAUUCAUCAGCGCAACCUUCCUCAAUCCAUCUACGGAGCUCAAUCCCAUCCAAAAUGCUCCGGCCGAUCGGGACUACCUGGAGCGGUACGCCCGCAAUCUGGAUGACUAUGAAUUUAACUACACGCUGGUGCCGUACGACUCAUCGUACUUCGACCCGUGGACGGUAGGGGCGACGAUUGCGUCGGUGACGAAGAAUCUUAAGAUCAUCAUCGCGGUGCGGCCCAACACGCUGUACCCGACGGUGGCGGCCAAGGCGCUUUCGACGCUCGACCAGCUCAGCCGCGGACGAGCGGUGGUGCACUUCAUCGCAGGCGGCGUCGAUGUGGAGCAGGCACGCGAGGGCGACUUCCUGACCAAGGAGCAGCGCUAUCGCCGGCUGGAGGAGUACAUCCGCAUUCUCAAGCGGGCGUGGGCAUCCCCCGAACCGUUCGACUGGGACGGCGAGUACUACCAGUUCAAGCAAUUCCGGAACCUGGUGCGCCCGGUCAACGGAAAAUCCAUUCCCGUCUCGGUGGGAGGUUCGUCCGACGACGCAUACCGGGUGGGCGGCGCGCUGGGCGACAUCUUCGGCCUCUGGGGCGAGCCGCUCAAGGAGACCAAGGAACAGAUCGACAAGAUCUACGCCGCCGCGGAGAAGGCUGGCCGGGCACCGGACGACCGGCCGCGCAUCUGGGUUACCUUCCGGCCCAUUGUGGCGGAGACGGAGGAGCUGGCAUGGGCCAAGGCUCACCGAACCCUCGAGGCCCUCGAGUCCCUCUCGGCCAAGAAGGUGGGCGCGUGGUCGGCGGCGACCGCGGGCGGCAAGGCCGGUGAGGCUCCCGCUCCCCAGAACGUGGGCUCGCAGCGACUGCUGGAGAUUGCGAAGCGCGGCGAGGUGCAGGAUCGCGCUCUGUGGUAUCCCACAGUCACCGCCACGAAUGCCCGUGGCGCGUCCACUGCACUGGUGGGCUCCUACCAGACCGUGAUCGACUCCAUCUUGGACUAUGUCCAUCUGGGGGCCGAGCUCAUUUCCAUCCGUGGCUAUGAUAACCUCAACGAUGCCAUCGACUACGGCCGCUAUAUCCUGCCGGGGGUGCGGGCCAAAUUGCCCAAGCAAGCAGCCAGCGGUACUAACGGCACCAAUGGGACCAAUGGUACAAAUGGCAGCGCCGCGGCAUCUUGA